UGACUGACUGCGGGUUGUGCGCAUUGCGCGCAGCCGACAGGCGUCUCCUUCCUCUUCACUCCGGCGGUGGAACGGGAUUCUCGUUCAACAUGAAGCAUUCAACAGGAUUUAUUAGUUAACAGCGUGUUCCCGUUAAGACUCGGAAAGCUGCAGUUUGUGACUGAGAUGUUCUUCUGAGUAAAAGUUCAUCAAAGGCUUUCUUAAAACAUACUCUCCACACAUCACCAUGGCCUCCAAUAUAAUUGUGGAACAACAGUUUUCUCACAAGUUUACGGUGACGGUGGUCCGAGCAGAGAACGUUACCAAAGGAAAACUGGGUGACCUGUUGGAUACUCCAGAUCCAUACGUGGAGUUGUUCAUCCCGACGGCCCCGGAGAGCAGGAAGAGGACCAAACACAUAGACAAUGACAUCCACCCGAAAUGGAACGAGACCUUUCACUUCAUAUUAGACCCCAACCAGCACAAUGUCCUGGAGUUAACAUUAAUGGAUGCUAAUUAUGUCAUGGAUGAGACUCUUGGGACGGCGUCCUUUGACAUCACAAAGCUUGAAGUGAGCCAAACCAAGAUGGAAAGUUUCUCUAUUGGCAAAUCUACCAAAGUAUACCUGGAGAUGACAGUGGAGAUCUGCACAAACUUGGACCUGAGGUUCAGCCUGGCUCUGUGCGACAAAGAAAAGCAGUUCAGACAAACUCGCAGAGAAAGAGUGACGCUCGGCAUUAAAAAGCUGCUGGACAUGGAGAAACCUCGCUUUCUCCCCAGCGCUCCGGAGGAGGUUCCGGUAAUAGCCAUCGCAGGUUCAGGAGGGGGUUUUCGUGCAAUGGUCGGCUUCUCUGGUGUGAUGAAAGCCCUGUUUGAGUCUGGAAUCCUGGACUGUGCCACAUAUGUUGCUGGCCUUUCUGGAUCCACAUGGUAUAUGUCCACUCUCUACUCUCACCCUGGAUUUCCAGACAAAGGCCCAAAGGACAUAAACAGUGAGCUGAUGAAGAGAGUUAGUGGUAACCCACUGAGGUUGUUGAUGCCCCAACACAUCACCAACUACAUCCAGGCCCUGUGGACCAAAAAGGCCUCAGGGCAGCCCGUUACCUUUACCGAUAUUUUCGGUAUGCUCAUAGGAGAGACUCUUGUACCUGCGAGGAUGGACAUCAAGCUAAGUAGCAUCCAGGAGAAAAUAAACCAGGCGCAGAGUCCUCUCCCACUCUUCACAUGUUUGCAUGUCAAGCCAGAUGUUUCAGAGCUCAUGUUUGCAGACUGGGUAGAGUUCAGCCCUUAUGAAAUUGGGAUGGCGAAGUACGGAACGUUCAUGACGCCCGACUUGUUCGGAAGCAAGUUCUUUAUGGGAACUGUGGUGAAGAAAUAUGAAGAGAACCCUCUUCACUUUCUGAUGGAAUGA